AUGUCUUUGUUUGAGUUCGGUGGUACAAAGCCCUUACAAAGGCAAUCAGCCAACUUAAAUGUUCUCGCAAAAUGCAAAGGCAACAUCUUUAAAUUUGAAGGUAAUCGCGAAUCUUCCUUGGUGGAGGAGGAAGACUGUGAUAGCCUUUCAGAGAUGGAAAUGGAACCAGUGGAUAGUGCUCCUGAACAGCACGUCGUUGAGAUGAAAGAACAGGAAGAAAAUUUGAUGUGUGUUGCCCUAAUAGUUCCAAACUGGUGGUUGGCUAAAAUUGCAGAGAUGUCAAAUGAAAAGCAGAAAGCUGUGGACACCCAUGUUAUUUACGCAAGUCAGGUUGCUGUAUCUAUCAUUAUCAUGACAGCAUCGUCCUUCCUGUUCUACUACCUUCUCAGAGCGUCCAAAGCCCUGCACAACAAAAUGACCACAGCGAUAAUCAAGGCUCCUGUGUCGUUUUUCGACUCUACCUUAGCUGGUCCACUGGCUGGACUCGCUUUAACAUACUCACUGCAAUCCAUAGACAUCAGCCAAUGUUCUGUGCGACAGGCCUCAGAGGUGGAAAAUCUGAUGACAUCAGUUGAGUGGGUGAUGUAUUACACCAAGAUAGGGUCUGAACCCGGGUACAGCGUUGAAACUCGCCCCCCUCAGUCAUGGCACGAUAAAGGAAGCCUGAAAGUAAAUCAUCUCUCCUUAGCUUACUAUGAAGGCGGACCUUGUGUAUUAGAGGACAUCAGCUUUAGCGCCUCUGAGAAAGAAAAGAUUGGAAUUGUAGGUCGAACUGGCGCUGGAAAGUCAUCUUUGGUUUCUGCUCUUUUCCGUAUGCCGGAAGCCUCAGGGAAGGUAAUUAUCGAUGGCAUUGACCAUACAUCCAUCAAUCUCCAAGAGGCUCGCCGAUCCAUAGCUGUUAUUACGCAAGCUCCGUUGCUUUUUGCUAGAACAUUAAGAAGGAAUCUGGAUCCAUUUAAAGAUCACACAGACGCAGAUCUGUGGAAAGCAUUGGAAAAUGUGCAGUUGAAGACUCUUGUGGAAGACUUUUCAGGUCAGCUUGAGUUCAAACUAAAAGAGUCCGGUGCAAACCUCAGCGUUGGUGAGAGACAGCUGGUCUGUUUGGCUCGUGCAUUAGUUCAGAAGAGCAAGAUCAUUGUCAUGGAUGAAGCCUCUGCUAAUGUGAAUUUCAGGGCUGACCGUCUGGUCCAGCAAGUUAUUCGUAACAAGUCCAAAGAAUCCACAGUGCUAAUCAUUGCUCAUCGACUGAAUACCAUCCUAGAUUAUGAGUGGUAG